GGAUCUCGAGCCGGCGUCCGCUUGACCAGGAUCUCAUCAACAACAUCUCCUCGCUCAACCUCAGCGUCACAGACCUCGGCAAAUUAUGUGGUCGCGUGGGCGUGGAUGGGCGUGGGUGGCGGAUGUGCACGCGGUCCCCUGAGGUCGCGGGCGUGAUGCUGGAGGCCGCGUGGGUGAGCGUCGUCCACUGCCAGCGCGUCAUGAAGUACGAGCGCUGGAACUGCUCCCUCGGCCACUCCCGCAUCAUGAUGGUCAAGAAAGUGUACCGAGAGACGGCGUUGCUUCAGGGCCUGUCGGCGGCCGCCCUCACGCACGUGGUGGCGAGGGCGUGCGCCUCAGGCCGCCUCACGCGCUGCUCCUGCGACGAGUCGACCGUGACCCGGACGGAGAACAUGCGGGUGUGGCGCUGGGGCGGAUGCGGCGACAACCUGGCAUACGGCACCAGGUUCGCGCGCCGUUUGUUUGUGGGCUGGACUAAGAAAAAGAAGAAGACAAAGAACGGGAAGUCGUCACGGCGCAGCAGAGACUUCAAGUCCCAGAUCGACGCCCACAACGCCUAUGCGGGGAUUAAGGUAGUCCAAGAAGCAACAAACAGUGCCUGUAAGUGCCACGGCGUGUCUGGUUCCUGUGCCAUGAAGACGUGCUGGCCUCAGCUGCCCUCCUUCACCCACUCCUCCCGCGCCGUCAAGACCCUGUACGAUAACGCCGUUUUGGCCGACGCGAUCAACGAGGUCACCGGGAAGCGGAAGCGGAAGCGGCCCAGGUCUCGCCGGGAGGUCGUCCGAAGCUUCACCGGACACGAUUUCCCUUUCGAGAUCGGAGAAGCACGCCCUCUGCUGACGCCCGCCCUUCAGCUCACCAAUCGCGGUGUCGGCCUCGCCCCCGUCGCCGCCCCCGUCCCCACCCCGGGCCCUCGAAGACAAAAGCGCGAGGAGCCGAAGCGAAGCGAAGCCAAGCCACGUCGCGAAUCCGCAGGUCGCAGACGCCAUCGGGACGACGCCAAGCCUCGCAAAAUGCGCAAACCGAAGCGUACGAAAUCCGCCUUCGGGGACCCGCGAAAAUUCGUGUAUCUCGACGACUCGCCGAACUUCUGCCGCAGGACGAAGUACGGGCCGGGGACGCAGGGGCGGGAGUGCCAGCUGGGGCGGAACUGCGAGAGCCUCUGCUGCGGCCGAGGCUACGACACCAUCAACCGGCUCGUGGAGGAGCAGUGCCGGUGCAAGGUGGUGCUGCGGUACCGCGUGCAGUGCCACACCUGCUCGAAAAUGACGGAGGUUUAUACGUGCAAAUAGGAGGCCAGGAGACAACGAGACGUGCACCUGCAGAAGGGAGGAGUGAAAGGGCCGUGGAUGAUUUAUGGGACCAAAGUCGUUGAUCCAGCGCCUGUGUUUACAAAAAAUGACAUUUGACCAAAAACGUUUUGUAUGAAUAAACAUUGUGCGAUCUCUAAUAUUUUUAAGGGUAAUGACCAAGGUUUGUUAAUGAUAAUCACAAUGAAAUUAGAUAAUAAUGUAGUUAUCAGGAUGUGCUUAAAUAUGAUGAAAGAUAGAUAAGAAUGCAAACAAAAAUAUUUGACCCAAGGAAAAGUGUUCAAGGAGGAAACUUAGUUUCUUUAUAUUCUUACUAUAUUCAUCGCUUACUUUAUAUAUUUUCUAUAAAGGACGAAAGACAGAUCUUUUAUCAGUACGACUUGUAACCACACAUCUAACACGUAAGGAAUUAUGUUUAUCUCACCACAUUAUUGAUUAGCUUUUACUAAUGCCUUUAUCAAAUGUAUUGUAAUGCCAUUAUGAAAAUCUUUUAUGCACAUAAAGUAGGUGGGUGAUGAAUUUAUGUGUAUUUGUGGCCGGCAACGAAGUAUA